CUUCUCUUCUGGGCGCAUCCCGGUGCCCAGGGAGCAUCUGGACCCGCCCACAAGGUCACCUGCCCAGGCGGUUCCGCUCGCUCCGCUGGGACUCGAGAGGACGCGCGCGUCGGGUGUGAGAGAACGCAGCGCCGGGUGUCCCUGACUGUACAAUCACAACGCAGUGUCAGCGGCAGGUAUUUCCCAGGAGGGAAACUGAGGCUCAGAAGGUUGAAGUCGGCCACCCUGUUCCAGGAUGCCCAACUGGGGAGGAGGCAAGAAAUGCGGGGUCUGCCAGAAGACCGUGUACUUCGCCGAGGAGGUGCAGUGUGAAGGGAGCAGCUUCCACAAGUCCUGCUUCCUGUGCAUGGUCUGCAAGAAGAACCUGGACAGCACAACCGUGGCCGUGCACGGUGAGGAGAUCUACUGCAGGUCCUGCUACGGCAAGAAGUACGGGCCCAAGGGCUACGGCUACGGACAGGGCGCCGGCACUCUGAGCACAGACAAGGGGGAGUCGCUGGGCAUCCGGCAUGAGGAGGCCCCUGGCCACAGGCCCACCACCAACCCCAACGCAUCCAAGUUUGCCCAGAAGAUCGGCGGCUCCGAGCGCUGUCCCCGCUGUGGCCAGGCCGUCUACGCCGCCGAGAAGGUGAUCGGUGCGGGCAAGUCCUGGCAUAAGUCCUGCUUCCGAUGUGCCAAGUGUGGCAAAGGCCUGGAGUCCACCACCCUGGCCGACAAGGAUGGCGAGAUUUACUGCAAAGGAUGCUAUGCCAAAAACUUUGGGCCCAAGGGCUUUGGCUUCGGACAAGGGGCAGGGGCCUUGGUCCACUCGGAGUAAGGCCGCCUACAGCAUCCCCACCCACGUGCCAUCUCCACCACCCCCUCCCCGCAGCCUCGGCCACCUCCGGACGCCUCUCCUCAGCCCUUGGUUCAGGCCCCCUUUGGAGUCUGCCUGAGGUCCCCCUCUCAGGAGCUCCCCCUGCCUGGGGUCUGCCUCCGUCACCUGCAGGAGUCUCUGUGGCUUUAGUCUCCCCACACCAACCCCACAGGCCCCGGCUCUUAGCCUCCUAGGCUGAGCGUCCACCAUCAUCUGGCCAAGACCCUGAGCCCACAUCUCAGAGCCCAGAGGGGAGGCUGCCGUUUACUGACCCGAGUUUCUUCUCUGUGGGAAAGAGGGUGGGCUGCUUGGUAUCGCUCAGAAAGGACUGGGGAGUCCCCCCAGCUCGGCAGCCACAGGGGGGGGAAGGAAGGGGACAGAGAGGCAUGAGAUGGGGUCCUGGUCUGCAGGAGACACCUGUUCGUCUGGGUCAUGACCUUUGAGGCCGUGACCUUUGAGGCUGUGGUGAGCUGGUGUCCUCCCCUCGGGGUGGGAGAACACCCAGGUCUGAGAACCCGAGUCUGGAUGUCGUCUGACCUCCCCAGCAUCCACUUCCCUGUGUGAUGGGGGCCCCCAUGAAACACCCAAACACACACUUCUGUUAUCAGAGGCCCAAACCUGAGGGGAGACGACUCUGGCAGUGGGGUCCCCAGGCUGCAGCGAUAACGGCUCCCCUGUCCCCACAUGCCCAGCCCAGGGCUCUGCUGCUGCGCCCGCUUGGCCCUCGGAUGGGAGGCACACAACUCAGUCUUCAUCUGGACACCCCUCCCCUCUGCACCCAGAGCUCAGGACCCUCCUGCCCCUGCCACCCACCCUUUCCCAGGACCUUCUCUGGCCACGUCCCCCCCAUCCCUCCCAGGCCCCCAGGUCAGGAGCAGCAGGAACAAGGGGGUGGGGGUGGUCUCACUGCUCCCAGGAACAGAAAGGACAAGACAGAGCUGUGGCCCGGGAGGGGGCUGCUCAGGCUGUUUUCAAGCUCAUCCCUCACUUGGUCAAUAAAAGCUGAUAGAACAGA